AAGCGCAACGAAGCCGCGACUUGAAGUCUGAGCUCUGACGAAAGCUCUUAGUUCCUUCAAUCACCAGAAACCAGAAGCUUGAUCAACCCAAGAAACUCCGCUACUUUCGGUUCUGAUAUCUGAGCCUAUUCAUAACAUGUCAGUUACUUUGCAUACAAAUCUUGGUGACAUUAAGUGCGAGAUCUUCUGCGAUGAGGUCGCUAAAACGGCGGAGAACUUUUUGGCACUCUGUGCUAGUGGUUAUUAUGAUGGGACUAUAUUUCAUAGGAAUAUUAAAGGUUUCAUGAUUCAAGGUGGAGACCCAACCGGAACAGGCAAAGGGGGAACAAGUAUAUGGGGCAAGAAGUUCAAUGAUGAGAUUAGAGAAUCCCUCAAGCAUAAUGCGAGGGGUAUAUUGUCAAUGGCUAAUAGUGGUCCUAAUACUAACGGGAGCCAAUUCUUCAUAACAUAUGCAAAGCAGCCACAUCUCAAUGGAUUAUACACUGUGCUUGGCAAGGUUAUCCAUGGUUUUGAAGUCCUGGAUAUCAUGGAAAAGACUCAAACAGGAGCAGGCGAUCGGCCACUUGCAGAGAUAAGGCUGAACCGUGUGACAAUACAUGCUAAUCCACUCGCUGGCUAGUCUUUCUUCAGCAAUUAGUGUAGUGAAGUUCAUGUCAGACAACGGAGGAUUUCACGAGUUGUAGACGUUUAACCUAUCAAUUUUAAAAAUGUUAAAAGGGCUUGUAAUGGGUGUUCCUCUGGAUCUAGGACAGUAAUUAUAUGGUAAAAAUGUAGACAUUCGACAUUUAUCUGAUUUAACUUUUUGGUUGAUUUAA